AUGACAGGAAAUUUAUUAAAGUUUGCUGAGAAAAUUAAGUGGAAGACUGACGAGCUAGCAAAAGAAAAGAACAAGACUGAUAAUCUACUUUAUCAGAUGUUACCAAAACAAAUUGUUAUCAAUUUGAAAACAGGAAAAUCUUCUAUUGCGGAAUUUUUCAAUGAAGUGACAAUAUACUUCAGUGAUAUUGUAGGCUUUACAAAACUAGGAGCUGAAAGUCACCCAAUUGAAAUUGUUAACCUACUGAACGAUUUAUACAGUUUCUUUGACGAAUGCAUAGAUAAGUAUGAUGUUUAUAAAGUGGAAACUAUUGGUGAUUCUUACAUGGUGGCAAGUGGUGUACCGACACCUAAUGGAGGGAAUCAUGCACCAGAAAUAGCAUUAAUGGCCUUAAGAAUCCGACAGGAAGUCAACGGGUAUACUAUACCACACAUGUCGGGUAGAACGCUGCAGAUUAGGAUAGGACUACAUUCAGGACCAUGCGUUGCUGGAGUUGUUGGUACUAAAAUGCCGAGAUAUUGUCUGUUUGGUGACACAGUCAAUACAGCAUCGAGAAUGCAGUCUUUUGGCAUGGGUGGAAGGAUACAUAUCAGUAGUGUUACACAAGAAAUAUUGAGCCAUCAUGGGAAUUUUAUAACAGAGUUUAGAGGUUUUAUUGACGUAAAGGGAAAAGGACAAAUGGCUACCUAUUGGUUGGAAAAAUUGGAACUUGGAAAACAUAUAUAAGUAGUUUCAAUACAUCUUUGAAAGCAUCCUAAUGUGGUAAGAUAUCAGAGAUUCACAUGUGAGUGACAUACCAACAAAACCAAAGCUGUAUAGAAAUCAUAGAGAGAUAGACGUAAUUAUAUUUUGUAUAGAACAAAUUGUCAGACACAUGCCUAGACAUGUAUGAUAUUUGUUCAAUAUUUGUGUCUUAUAGUUUAAUAUUUCUUUUGUA